AUGGCACGUCUCGCCACCAUCGCCGUGCUCCUCCUCUCCCUCCUUGCCGUCGCCAGCUGCCGCGCCCUUGAGACCAUCCCCGACGACCAGGGCCCACCCAACCCCGUCCUCCUCACUCAAGAUGAUCAGGCGGAUGCUGCUGCUGAGGUGACCCUUCCGGCUUUGCCCACCCCGGCCGUCGCGGUGGACAAGGACGUGCUCCGGCUCCCCUCCCACCGCCGCCCCUGCCACCUCCACCGUCACCUCUGGUGGGCGCGCCACCACGGCCUCUCCCACCACCGCGGCGCGUUCUCCGGCCCGGCCGAGGCUCGUGUCCAUCCCGCCGUCGACGUCGUGCCCACCGAGCUUGCCCGCGGGGAAGACCAAGAGACCGAGCUGGAGGCGGUCGCGGAGCCUGACCCCGACUCACUCCCGGACACCGACGCCGCCGAGAAGCUGUUUCAUGGCGAGGAGGAGGAAGACGCAGCCAAGGCGUGGAAGGUGGAGAUGAUCAGGAGGUUCCGCCACGACGACCACGAGCAGGACAAGGAUGAAGGCGCGAGCACGAACCUGUUCGGACGCUUCCACCACCGUCACCAUCUUCGCCACCACCACGACCAGGACGCGGAGGAAGAGGACACCCACGAGCAGGACAAGGAUGAAGGCCCGAAGAUGAAGCUGUUCCGACGUUUCCACCACCAGCACGCGCAUGACGUUGACAUCGAGGUCGACGAGGUGGAAGAACUGGCUAGGAAGCUGAGCGAGGCGAUCAUGAGAAGGAGCUUCGGCCAUGGCGGCCCCCGCCAGCACCACCACGACCACCACCACCAUGGAGCGGAGGGCGGGGUGAAGAAGUGGUUCAAGGGCCUCAUGAACCGAUUCUAG